UGACCAGACUGUUCGUGGAUCAAAUGUAACAUUGUUUUGCGAAACUACUGGUAGACCACAACCAAAUAUCAUCUUGGCUAGAGUACUGGAGGAUGGUAGUAUUGAUGAAGUACUGCAACAGGCCCCACCGUAGCUUGGGACGUUUUAAACAUCAGAAGAACUGCUUCUGGAGCAUAUAUGUACCACUGUACAGCUGACAAUGGAUUUACAAGUGAUAGCAAAGUAUUUAAAGUGAAUGUUACUUAUCCUGCCAAGAUUGUUAAACUUGUGAGUGAACUUGAAGUUGCAUCACAACAAAGUGUGUCUCUUGACUGUCAAGCAGAAGGAAAUCCCCAGCCUAGUUAUACUUGGACAGCAUGUGAUCCACAGCAAGGUGUAUGUCAUGAGAGCGUGCUAAAUUUUCAAGCAAGUAACAGAAGCGUCUACACGUUCACCUGCAAAGUGGAAAAUUACCUGGGCAAUGAUACAGGAAAUACCACUCUGUUCAUAGCAAGUGAUGUAAUUAACGUGACCCUGGUUAUCACGGGUGAAGACUGUAUUGAUGGGGAAUACAAUCAAGUCUGGGAGAAACUCAGUAAAAUGAUCGAAGAGAUCUUUGCUGGUAAACUGGGCUAUGAAAGUGUGCAACAGAAAAAUAUCAGGUGUGGAAGUGUAAUUGUUGAUCUGGCCCUGGAGUUCACUUCCACUGUAAGAGAAAGCGAGGUUCUUUCUUUACUUCGAGACGCUGUCAAGAAUGGAAGGUUUGGAGAUUUUAAUGUGAGUGCCAUAACAGGCACACGAGACACAGGGAUACCAGCCACCAUGGCCACAACACCUACCAGCUCAUCUGACAGUCAAGCGUGCGGAGAUUGUGCUUGCAGCUGCACCGUACUGGGAGUCGUGAUCGGCAUCCUUGUUGUCAUAAUCAUUGCUCUUGUUGUCUUCAUCUUAUGGCUUCCCAAGAAAGGGACUGCAGGAAGGGAUAGGUAA